UUUUUUUUUUAUAUAAAAAUUAUUUCUUUGCAAUUCUUUGAUAAUUUUUUAACACGUGCAACAAUAGUUGAGGUUAUAAUUACUCCAAAAUUUUAAUUAAUUAUCAACAAUGGCAAAGCUUUGUUUAAAAAAACCAAGUAAAAGGAUCCAGGCUCGUCAAAGGUACAAGGUGGAAAAAAAAGUGCGAGAACACAAUAGGAAACUUCGCAAAAUUGCGAAGAAAAAUCCAAAAAAAACGUCAAAACCAUUGACAAUUCCAAACAUCUGUCCCUUCAAAGAAGAUAUUCUGAAGGAAGUUGAAGAGAUGAGGAGACAGAAUGAGGAGGAAAAACAGAAACGGCGUGAGGAAGCACGCGAAAUUAAAAAAUCUAAGUUAUCUGGUGGUCUUGAGGGUCUUGUAUCAUCAGCUAACAAUAAACAGAUGAUACAUGAAGUAUCAUCGUUUGAAAAUAAAAAAACAGAGCUUCCAACUGAAAGAAGAGAAGAAAAUUCAUUAAAAGCAUAUUAUAAAGAGUUUAAAAAAGUUUUGGAUUCAGCUGAUGUUAUACUUGAAGUUGUUGAUGCACGUGAUCCACUUGGUACACGUUGUAAACAUGUUGAAGAAGCUGUUAGAUCAGCAAAAGGAAAUAAAAAAUUAGUUCUUGUGUUAAAUAAAGCUGAUCUUGUACCACGUGAUAAUCUUGAUCAAUGGUUACGUUAUUUACGUGCAAGUUUACCAGCAGUUGCAUUUAAAGCAUCAACUCAAGAUCAAUCUAAAAAACUUGGACGUAAAAAAUUAGGUUUAAAAAAUGAAAAAAUGAUACAAAGUGGUACGUGUUUUGGUGCUGAAUUAUUACUAUCAUUACUUGGUAAUUAUUGUCGUAAUGGACCUGGUGCUAAAAGUAGUAUACGUGUUGGUAUUGUUGGUUUGCCAAAUGUUGGUAAAUCAAGUAUAAUUAAUUCUUUAAAAAGAAGUAAAGCAUGUAAUGUUGGUAGUACACCUGGUGUUACCAAAGCAAUGCAAGUUGUACAAUUAGAUACAAAAGUUAAACUACUUGAUUCACCUGGUAUUGUAUUUGCUGAUAGCAAUGAGACAAAUGAAACAUCAGUUGCAUUAAAAAAUGCUGUUAAAAUACAAGCUCUUAAAGAUCCAUUUACACCAGCAACUGCUGUAUUAAGAAGAAUACCAAAACAACAAAUAAUGCAACUUUAUGACAUAUUGGAUUUUUCAACACCUGAUGAAUUCUUUGCUAAAAAAGCAGCAAGAAUGGGAAUGUUUAGAAAAGGUGGUGUACCAGAUAGUAUGGCAGCUGCACGUGGUGUUCUUAAUGAUUGGAAUUCUGGUAAAAUUAGAUAUUAUACUGUACCACCAGAAGUUGCUGAUACACAAAUUUCAUCAGCAAUUGUCAUGAAAGAUAUUGAAGAAUUUGAUAUUGAAAAAUUCACUGCUGAGGAACAAAUGAUGUUGGAUAAUAUUGUUGAAGAAUCAGAAAAUGCUCAAUCAAUAGUUGAUCCACUUGUUGUUGACAGUACUGGACCAGUUGAGUCAAUUGUUGCAACGGAAAUGGCCAAGAAAAAGACAUUUAAACUUAAACAAAUAAAUGAAAAACAAGAAAAAAAAAAUAAAUCAAAACCAGCACAAAGAAAGAAAAAAGUCGACCCAUUGUUUGAAAUUGAGGGAAAUCAAAAAAUAAAUAAAAUGAAUAAAUUGCAGUUCAAGAAACAAAAAAAAGAACUUGCACGUAAAAAUAAGUCAACAUAAUUUUUCAUUAGUAAAUAUAAAUAUGUUUUCAUGUACGUAAUUAUAAAAAUAAUUAAUCUUUUCGAUUUAAUAAAAUUUUAUUAUGUCAUUUAAAAAAAAAAAAUUAUUUUCAUUGAUAUUUCUAUUAUUUUUAAAAAAUUAAUUAACAUUUUUUUUCGAUAGAUAAUUAUUUAUUUAAAUAAAUAUUUCAUUGACAUUUGAAUAU